UUACUAUAUAUUCGUUAAUUCAUGUAUGCCAUGUUCACCUCUAAUCUUUGAUCUGUGUAGAUUUCUAUUCUUUGAUUUGUGUCUCAAAUGUCCACGCACCAAUAAGAUUAAAAGUAGAUUUCUAUUCUUUGAUCUGUGUCUCAAAUGUCCACGCACCAAUCAGAUUAAAAGUACAUUUCUAUUCAUUGAUCUGUGUCCCCAAUGUCAACAGACACGCUAAUAAUUUUCUCUCAUUCUUAUUAUUUAUUUUUCAGUAUUAAUUUGGCUGGAUCCGUCACUGUAUCAUCACCUCAUGUCAGAAAAAACAGACUAUACGUAACCAUGGGUGCACAAAAAAACUUUACGUCACCUUUUCUCUAUAUAUACUAAUAUACAGGCCGGCAUGUACGCUAUGUUCACCUUCCCUUUCUCAUCUUCGUCUUCUCCACCCCCCGAUUCAGAGAGAGAGAGAGACACACACACUGACACACACAGCAAACACACCAAAGGUCCUCAAUCAUGUCGUCGUUUCUCUCUUCCUCCGCCACUGCUUUCUUUCUCCUUCUCUGUUUAUGCCACGUGUCCUCCUCUAAACAAGGAACUUACAUCGCUCGCAUUGCUCAAUGUCAGAUGCCGUCCUCCUUCGACCUCCACUCUAACUGGUACCAUUCAUCUCUCAGAUCAAUCUCCGACUCCACCGAGUUGCUCUACACUUACGAGAACGCCAUUCAUGGAUUCUCCACUCGCCUCACUCAAGCCGAAGCCGACUCCCUCAUGGCUCAACGUGGCGUUAUCUCCGUUUUGCCGGAGCACCGUUGCGAGCGUCACACCACUCGUACUCCUCUCUUCCUUGGCCUCGACAAAGAUCACCGUUACGAGCUUCACACCGCUUCUCACUGUAACCGUAAACUAAUCGGAGCAAGAUUCUUAGCUCGUGGCUACGAAUCAACCAUGGGACCAAUCGAUGAAUCUAAAGACUCGAGAUCUCCUAGAGACGAUGACGGACACGGAACUCACACGUCAUCAACCGCCGCUAUAUCCGUUGUCGAAGGAGAUAGCUUAUUAGGUUACGAUUCAGGAACAGCUCGUGGUAUGGUUCCACCCGCUCCUACGCAUCUUCUUCUUCUUAUCUCUUUCGUCAUCUUCGUCUCCUCCCUCUAUUCAGAGAGAGAGACACAACACACAAACUCAAACAUGUCUUCCGCUAUCGAAUGCUCGGUUUGCGUCUCGGAGUUCGACGAUAACGAAUCAUGCCCUAGUUCUCGAUCAUUCGUGGAAGGAGUAAAAUCAAAGGCGGAGGAAGUCGCGAUUUCUAUAUUGGACGUGGUUACCGGUGAAGACCAAAGCUUAGAAGGAACUGGGACUAUAGAGCAGAGUUGUGAACUGAGGGUUUCUUGUACUUCAUAUGGCAUAGUGACGAAGAUCCAGAAAUUUGACAAGGCACUGGGUAAUAUCAAAGGCGAUCUCAUUGAACCGAGAAGGAUUUUAUUGGUAGCAAUAGUAUCUAUUGUGGUGAGUUUUAUUUGUGCGGCGCUACUAGCACCCGGUCGCGGGUCGGUGACAUGGUCGUGGAUCAUCAUGGUCACUCUUUUUGCAUUCUUUUUAAAAUUAUACCUGGCUGGUCUUGUCCAUGGUGUUGCCACCAGAUGGAGGAUACACAUUCCUGGUGUACGUCCGUACGCCUACGCGUUUACGGUGGUCAAAUCGAUCCUCCAGAUCGGUGUUUUACUAGGAUUUACCUACCUUGAUAGCUAUUUGAAGAGCAGAAAUGUGGUUUUAAUGGUCGUGGCUGUUGUGUGCCUCUACAUACAUCUUGUAUGUGUAUAUGUUGCCUUUCGCAUUGGCGAAGAUUGUGACGUGAUCAACGCCUUUCUUUCCACCUCAUUCGUUCUUCUAUUCGAAUUGGCUAAAGAAAAUGGGGAAUUCAUCAUAUGGCUCACCAUCUCUGCCAUUGGUCUUCUGUUUAUAAAAAAUCUGUUGUUACUUACUACCACUCCUGCAGAUGGUGAAGAUGCCGAUGAUGGGCAUCAAAACCGUGGUGACAUUACUCGUGAGACUGAUGAUCAAGACCAAGUCAAUGAGGCCGAGCGGAAUGAUAUUACUGAAGCAGUUCCUGUGUAGGAUUAAUAGAAGUCGGUAUAUUAUAAAAAUUUUAAAAUAUUUUAAUCUGUGGAAAGUGUAUUUUGUAUACUUACUUAGCUUUUAGCUUUGUAAUUUCUAAUUGAG